CCCAAACCAAUCCUUCCCGCAAGGCUUCAAUCGAAGCUCGGUUUCUGUUGGGUUCCAGACGAUAUGGCCUCUCUCAUGAUGAUGCAGAGAUCAGGGAACUCCAUGUUCGCCGCUCUCUUCAAACUACGACCGUCAUUCACUUCUCAGUUCGUCUUCGAUCAUAAUCAAACCCUGAGAUUCAAAAUCGUACCUCCUUCUGCGGGUGGAAAUAUCCCCUCGAAAUCUCUCAGCACUUCAGCUGUCCCUGAUGACUAUCGGUAUCAGAGACCUAAUCCGUCUGAUUCUAGGGUCUUCCAGCGCGGACAACCUAAUCAAUUGAAUUCUCCGGAUCAGAACACCAUUCAGCAUGGACGGCCGCCCAAUCAAUGGAACUCUCCGGAUCAAAACUUCUCUCAGCGCGGCAACCCUAACCAGUGGAACCCACAACAAGGCCAGAAUUUCCCUCAGCACGGCAACCCAAACCAGUGGAAUCCGAAUGCGCAGAACCCACAACAAGGCCAGAAUCUCCCUCAGCAUGGCAACCCUAACCAGUGGAAUCCGAAUGCGCAAAACCCACAACAAGGCCAGAAUCUCCCUCAGCACGGCAACCCUAACCAGUGGAAUCCGAAUGCGCAGAACCCACAACAAGGCCAGAAUUUCCCUCAGCACGGCAACCCUGACCAAUGGAAUCCGAAUGCGCAGAACCCACAAGGUCAGAAUUACCCUCAGCGUGGAAACCCUAACCAAUGGAAUCCUCAAGAUAAGAACCCGAGACAGGUUGUUGAUAAUGGAGCCUCUAAUGUAGCAGCAGCCCCUGCCAACGUUGAUUUGCUGAGUUUGUGCCGGGAGGGUAAGAUCAAAGAAGCCAUUGAGUUUAUGAGUCAAGGUGUUCGUGCUGAUCCUCAUACCUUUUUUGCGCUAUUGACCUCUUGUGGGAACUCAAAGUUGCUCGAAGAAGGCAAAAAGGUCCACGAUUUCUUGCUGCGGUCUCCGUUUAAGGGUGAUGUUCAGUUGAGUAAUAAAGUGAUGGAGAUGUACUGCAUAUGUGGAAGUAUGGUAGAUGCCCGCCGAGUGUUUGAUCAUACUCCUGCAAGAAAUAUGGAUUCCUGGCAUUUGAUGAUAAAUGGAUAUGCGACGAAUGGGCAAGGAGAUGAUGGGCUGCAGUUGUUUGAACAGAUGAGGCAGUUGGGAUUGAGGCCGGAUGGACAGACUUUCCUUGCUGUUUUGUCAGCUUGUGCUAGUGCAGAUGCUGUUGAAGAAGGUUUCAUACACUUUGAAUCGAUGAAGAAUGAAUAUGGAAUUUCCCCAGGGAUGGAGCAUUACUUGGGUCUUAUUAACGUUCUUGGGAAAUCCGGACAUGUUAUUGAAGCUGAAGAGUACAUUGAGAAAUUGCCCAUGGAGCCCACGGCAGCAGUUUGGGAGGCAUUGAUGAAUUGUGCUCGAAUUCAUGGAGAUGUUGAUAUUGAAGACCGUGCUGAGGAAUUGCUGGUUGCUCUCGACCCCUCCAAGGCUGUUGCAAACAAGAUACCAACUCCACCACCAAAGAAACGCAAUGCAAUCAACAUGCUUGAUGGGAAGAACAAGGUCGGUCAGUAUCGCAGUACCACUCCCUAUAAGGGUGAGGUGAAUGAGAAAUUGAAGGGCUUGAGUGGACAGAUGAAGGAAGCUGGUUAUGUCCCUGAUACAAGGUAUGUGCUUCAUGACAUUGAUCAGGAGGCCAAAGAGCAGGCUUUGCUCUAUCACAGUGAGCGUUUGGCUAUAGCUUAUGGUCUUAUCAGUACUCCAGCAAGGACUCCUCUAAGGAUUAUCAAGAACCUUCGAAUCUGUGGUGAUUGUCACAAUGCAAUCAAGAUCAUGUCUAAGAUUGUGGGAAGGGAGCUAAUUGUUAGGGAUAACAAACGAUUUCAUCAUUUCAAGGAUGGCAAAUGUUCCUGCGGGGAUUACUGGUGAAGAAUAUGUUCUUUUGUCGAAAUUUUUGGUUCAUCCAUUGGUAUGUAGCUAGAUUUCUUCACAUCAGCAGUUUUUAUUGUAUAAAGCGGGUUAAAUUGGCUUCAGGAAGGAAAACACAGAUUGCUGCUAGUGGUUAACUGGUGCUUGUAAUGAAAUUUCACUACUUCUGUAAUGGAAAAGGUGAAUUGAAUGUUUAAUCGUAGAAUUGCUUAAGAAUGCAUGAUUUACAUU